GUCCGUAGUUAGACCCGCUAUGUAGACCCGCGUUCGUCGAUUGCAUGUUGCCGAGAUGCGGAUGCUGGGUUGGAUGGUAUGGUUGGACAGACGAGGGGUGAUCAAAUUCGGAACGAAGCUAUUCAAAUUCGGAACAAAGUUUUGAUUGGAAUAUGUCUUUUUUGUAGUUCGAAUUCAAUAGUGAAGAAGACGGAUCUCUAAAUCCUGAUUUUUGCCUUGUAGUUUUAUAGUAGUACAUUUUGUUUUUCGGUUACAUGGAAUCUGACCCAGUCUAAACCCUAACCUGGAUGAUCCGACCUUGUGACCAAUCCGACCCUAAACGGAUCGGAUCGCAGAAAGUAUUUCACUUUACCCGCGACCCUAUCGAGUUGCCCAAGUAAUGCGGGUCGGACCCAAACCCGACCCGUGCCCACCCCUACCCACGCAUCCGUAUGCAGUUGACGGAUGUAGAGUUUCUUAACCGACCAACAUUCUGCAUUAUAGAGCAUAGCUAGUCUGACAAAGGAUCGAUAGUCUCCCUUAUAGUUUUUCAGAAAUUUCUUAUUACACAGAACUCUUGAUGCCAACUUCCACUUUGCCCAAGCAACUCCAAUACUGUGAACAACAUUCCCAUCUAUCUCUCCACCCGCCUGAAUGACAGAGCAGAGAUACCAAAACGAUCUGUCUUAGGCAUUGUGUAUGAAUCAAUCCUAACUUCCACUUUGAUUCUGUCACCUGAUCACUAAAACGACACUCCAAGUACUCAGUCUUAGGGGAACACACAAUCACACAUUCGGCAUGUCCAGAUGUCCUAUAUGGAAAAGAAAGAACAAAACUAUUGGACAAAGAGUAUUAAAGAAAACAACAUUUCUUGAACAUAAAAUGCAUUGCAGAAAUAUAUUACUUUUAAAUUACAUAUUUAGCCUUCAUAUCAGGAGCCAAGAUGCAAGAAUUUUUCAUUCGGCAGCAAUUUCUGAAAGGUUUGAUACUGUUACGCUUAAGGCAAUGGAUGGCAUCCUAAUUUUAAUUAGCGGAUGCAUCAAUAAUUCACGUACUAUAGAGAAUGGCUUCCCAAUUGAGGUAUGCAUAUCCACUUAUUGCGUUAUUUUUUCUGCUUUUAUUCUGCGUAGCUAAACCAUAAGUGCUCUAUACUAUUAAUAUUCUGUCUCCCAUUUUAAGUUCAUACCCUCCUUUUUGUGGUUUCUCCAAAAAAAGUCUUACCUAAAAAGUUUAAUGUAUCAUUUCACCAAUAAAUCCUUAAUUCAGGGCUUUUGGGAAGUCAACACCCAAAAAUUAACUUGCCUAGAAAUAUGUGAAGUUGAAGUGAACUUCAUUUGGUGACGAAGGGAUUAUUUAUUAUCUCGGAUAAAGCUCACCAAGUAGUCUUAUUUUCUCCUACCUAAUGAAGGGAAAAUUGACUGAAGUGAUGCAUUCAUUGAAACAGGUUUGCCAACAUUUCUCCAUUGGGUUUCCACAUUACUGGGAGGAAGUUGUUGACCAAUCUUUUGAACAAUCAAAACAGACAUAUGCUCUACCAAAGCUCUCAUUUAAUGAUGAUCUGCCAGCAACUUUUCUGCGUGAUUUCUGCGUCCCAGAAAUCUACACGACCACAAACGAUCUCCCCGUGGAAAUACCACAAAAAAUGGGCAGUGUUUCGUCUAGGAGAAGUAAAAUUUCUGCUCGGAAGUCGGGAAAACAGAAAAGAUGAAGUGGAUCAUGGAGAAGUCUCACAUGCAAUUUCAUAAAGCAUUUGCAAGAAGUGAAGGUCAUCAAAGUAUGUAUGUGCUCAAUCUGCUAUAUGGUUGGGAUGUGGUUGUUUUAAAGAUCUGUAUAGGAUUGUACAUUUACUAGUUCUAGAACUUAAAUUAACUUUACGUUUUAGUUAAGAAUAUUUUUUUUUAAAAUUUUGUGAUCAAAAUUUACAAAUUCUGCCCGUAGAAAGUUAAAUAUGUUUUUUUAGGACGAAGACAAUGUUCUGUUCAAAUUAAUAUUUCUGCUUAUU